AUGAUAAAAUUGAUACGCCUUUAUAACAAUAAAAUUUAAGAUUAAGAUAAUAAUAUUUAAUCAUAAAUAAAGCUUACAUAAUUAGUAGAUGAUGAUAAUUAACAAAGUGCUAGUAUGAAAAAUCUUUUAAUUUCUUCAUUUCAAUUAGGGUUUAGUUUUUUAUUUGAAAAUUCUUAAGGUCUAAUUAUAUUAAUAUUUAUUAAUUAAUAUGUGAAAAAUCUAGAUGCAAUUGCAGGUUUUGGCUUGGGUGUAGUUUAUACAAAUUGCCUUGGAUUAAGUCUUUAUUUUGGAUUAUCAACAGGUUUUGAAAUAUUAGCUUCUCAUGCGUAUGGAGCUAAAAAAUAUUAACUUGUGGGUUUAUUAUUAAAUAAGUGUUUUUUUAUCGCCUUUAUUAUGUUUAUUCCAAUAUGCUUUUGUAUGAUAUUUUCAAAAUAUAUUUUGCAUAUAUGGAAUAAAAAUGAAAUGUUAUGCGAAUAUUCUCGAUAAUAUUGCAUUACAUAAAUUCCUGGCAUUAUAUUUCUUGCUACAUAUUUUAUUUUUAAAGGAUACUUAAAUGCAUAAAAUGAAUAUAGAUCUUAAUUUUAUAUAAGUGCGAUGAAUUAUCCUUUUAUUUUUUUAUAUUCUUAUAUAUUUAUUGGUGUUCUUGACUUGGGGGUAUAUGGAGCUGCCAUUACAUUUAAUUUAAGUAGAUUCUAAAAUUUGAUUCUUUUAUUUAUUUUUAUUAAGAGAAAACCUUCUCUGUAAAGAUGCUAAACUUCAUUUUCUAGAUAAGCAUUUUUAAAUAACUGGGAUUUUUUAAAAACAGUAAUUCCUAUAGGAGCAAUUGUUUCUGCAGAUUGGGUAAUAUAUGAAGUAUAAUCAGGAAUAGCAUCAAAUUUAAAAUAAUCAUAAUAUGCAGCUCAUUUAUCUUUAUCGAACUUUAACACUAGUUUUUUUUGUUUUGCCUUAGGUUAUUCUAUUGGUAGUAGUACAUAUGUAGGGAACGAAAUGGGACAAAAAAAACAUAAAAUCAGCUAAAUAAUAUGGAAUUUAUGGUAUGUAUAUUAUUUUUGGCCACAUAGCAACUAUAUGGCUUCUUUUGGGAUUUUUAAGAAAAUAAUUUGCUUCAAUGCUAACUAAUUAUCCAGAUGUUAAUGAAGCAUUUACUAAUAC